GGUCUUCUAAACCAGAAAGUCUCCGGAGCUUGUGCCAGGCUCUUUGCGGCGUCACCCAGUUAGACGCAGGUUUUGGAAGCGGUUGGAAGAGAAGGUGUCGUUGCUGGAGCUGAGACCAGACGGCCAGAGUCCUCAGGGAUGAACCUCGAGUUACUGGAGUCCUUUGGGCAGAAUUAUCCAGAGGAAGCUGAUGGAACUUUGGAUUGUAUCAGCAUGGCCCUGACUUGCACCUUUAACAGGUGGGGCACACUGCUUGCAGUUGGCUGUAAUGACGGCCGAAUUGUCAUCUGGGAUUUCUUGACAAGAGGCAUUGCUAAAAUAAUUAGUGCGCACAUUCAUCCAGUCUGUUCCUUAUGCUGGAGUCGAGAUGGUCAUAAGCUCGUGAGUGCUUCCACUGAUAACAUAGUGUCACAGUGGGAUGUCCUUUCAGGCGACUGCGACCAGAGGUUUCGAUUCCCUUCACCCAUCUUAAAAGUCCAGUAUCAUCCGCGAGAUCAGAACAAGGUUCUCGUGUGUCCCAUGAAAUCUGCUCCUGUCAUGUUGACCCUUUCAGAUUCCAAACAUGUUGUUCUGCCCGUAGACGAUGACUCCGAUUUGAACGUGGUUGCAUCUUUUGAUAGGCGAGGAGAAUAUAUCUAUACAGGAAAUGCAAAAGGCAAGAUCUUGGUCCUAAAAACAGAUUCUCAGGAUCUUGUUGCUUCCUUCAGAGUAACAACUGGAACAAGCAAUACCACAGCCAUUAAGUCAAUAGAGUUUGCUCGGAAGGGCAGUUGCUUUUUAAUUAACACAGCAGAUCGAAUAAUUAGAGUUUAUGAUGGCAGAGAAAUCUUAACCUGUGGAAGAGAUGGAGAGCCUGAACCCAUGCAGAAACUGCAGGACUUGGUGAAUAGGACCCCAUGGAAGAAAUGUUGUUUCUCUGGGGAUGGGGAAUACAUAGUCGCAGGGUCAGCCCGGCAGCAUGCCCUGUACAUCUGGGAGAAGAGUAUUGGUAACCUGGUGAAGAUUCUCCAUGGGACAAGAGGAGAACUCCUCUUGGAUGUAGCUUGGCAUCCUGUUCGACCCAUCAUAGCAUCCAUUUCUAGUGGAGUGGUAUCUAUCUGGGCACAAAAUCAAGUAGAAAAUUGGAGUGCAUUUGCGCCAGACUUCAAAGAAUUGGAUGAAAAUGUAGAAUAUGAAGAAAGGGAAUCAGAGUUUGAUAUUGAAGAUGAAGAUAAGAGUGAGCCUGAACAGACAGGGGCUGAUGCUGCAGAGGAUGAGGAAGUGGAUGUCACCAGUGUGGACCCUAUUGCCGCCUUCUGUAGCAGUGAUGAAGAGCUGGAAGAUUCAAAGGCUCUAUUAUAUUUACCCAUUGCCCCUGAGGUAGAAGACCCAGAAGAAAAUCCUUAUGGCCCCCCACCGGAUGCAGUCCAAACCUCCUUGAUGGACGAAGGGGCUAGUUCAGAGAAGAAGAGGCAGUCUUCAACAGAUGGGUCCCAGCCACCUAAGAAGAAACCCAAAACAACCAAUAUUGAACUGCAAGGAGUACCAAAUGAUGAAGUCCAUCCACUACUGGGUGUGAAGGGGGAUGGCAAAUCCAAGAAGAAGCAAGCAGGCCGGCCUAAAGGAUCAAAAGGUAAAGAGAAAGAUUCUCCAUUUAAACCGAAACUCUACAAAGGGGACAGAGGUUUACCUCUGGAAGGAUCAGCGAAGGGUAAAGUGCAGGCGGAGCUCAGCCAGCCCUUGACAGCAGGGGGAGCGAUCUCAGAACUGUUAUGAAGGCCCUUGAAGUUCUUUGUUCUUCCCUACUUUGCCAUCGUGUGGCCUCUGGACACUGUGGUCAGUCAUUUGAGAUUGACUUUAAUUUAAAACAAAGGCCUCUGUCUUCCACCCAGGAGGUGGAAGGAGUGAAUUUUAUGUUUGAAUGAAGAAUUGAAUUAAGGAAGAAGAAUAUAUGUCCCCUUCCCUUUCAAGCAUAAGUCCAAAUAGGCUCUCAGGAAUGAGGAUUUGUGAAGACAUCAAACAGGAGUUUUGACUCAUUUAAACUUUAAUGCUUGUUAUGUUGCUGGAGAAGAGAUUCCUGUUUUGCUUGUCUGUCUUUACUGUACCCAGCACCAUUUCGGCCUGUCAUUUCCUAUCUCCUACUUUCCUUCCCUCCACAGUGCACGUCCUUGAGUGACUUGUUCUUAUCUGUAAUUUUGCUGCCUGUAUCCUAGAAAAACGUCUGUUGCACAUUCUUUCUUCCAUUUUUAAACUUACCCACUCACCAGAUACCUCCUAUAUUUCCAUAUUGUAUUACAAAGAUGGGCAGAAAAGAAAGUGCUGGAAAGAUUUCAGAUUUUCCAAAAGGAAAGAAAGAUAAGAAAGGCCCCCUCUUUGUUCACAUACUGUAACAUUUUGCUCCAGAAGUUGAGCUAUAAGAGAGUCAGGUUUUUCUUUGUAUCCUUUUCAUUGCAUGGUUCCCUCCAGUAUUGGUUCAUUCUCAUUAAUCAUGGUUUUUGAAGAUAGCUAGUUCAUUUGUCUCCAGCAAAGAAUCAUCAGUAGUUUAUAUUGCUUUACCUGUACUGGCUUCCAGAGCCAGAAACAAACCGAGGUGUCUCUCAGCAGACUUCUUUUUUGCUGGGGGUGGGGGAAUCUAUGCAAGGACUAAAAUAAAACCGUCCAAAAUCAAAGCAAUGACAACACAGUUCAAAUCAAAAAAUCUAAGCACCUUUUUUUUUUUAUCAUUGCUCGUGGACAUCUGUCCUUCCCAUCAGUCAUUGCAUUUCCCCUCCUUGUAUCCACACCCCUUUUCCUUCCUACAUGUUUCCAGUCACUUCCUUUCUGUGAAAGGUUGCUUAGCUUUUUAAAAAAAAAUGUUAAUUUUUGCUUUUGCUGUUCUUUGUAUAAAAAGUAGCAGAUUGGAUGGAUGUGUACACUAGGUGUUUGAAAUUCUCUGAAAAUCCAGAGUGAAGAAACCAGGUGUGGAGGGAGGGGCCUCUCCAGCCUCUCUUGAGCAGAGCUUUGAGCUGCCUGGAAGUGCUUAAUCUGGAUCAUCAUUUUCACAGUAUUUUCAAAGGAGAGUUAAACACUGUGCUUGUUGGGAAAUCUCUGUCAGUUGGUGGUUGCUCCGAUAGGUAGCCAAACGAGGUGAUUACCUUUUGGAUUUUAGCAUAGAAAUCAAAGUAGAACACAUCAACAAGAGCCUCUUCCAUUCCAUCUUUAGAACCAAAACGUUCAGUAGUUGAAGCAAGAGCUCUCCCUGAGUCAGUGGCAAAAUGUCUAUAUUUUUAGAUGCCACUGCUUUUUCCUCAGAUGCUCAUUUUGUGAAUUUCAUUUCCUAUUUCAUAUUAGAUCAGUGGUUGAGAUUGGUAGGUGGGUCACUAGACAUGUUUUUGUUUUGCAGACAUUAUUUCCAUUUUGUUUCUCUUUGUACUGUACAGUGCAGUAGUAUGCAAACUGUGUGAUACAAGAGGUUUCUGCCUUAUUUCCACAUGCAGAGUAGCUGGGGGUCCUCUGCCUGAGCAUUGGGAUGUUCAAGCUCUGUCCACCUCCUAAACCGGCUACUGAGAAAGUCAACUUCAGCCCUGUCAGAGUGUCUCUGGCAGCAGCUCCUAAUAAUUAUUUAUGCUUUUGGAAUUUGUUUCAGCUCCUAAAACCUUCUGUCUAUUUCAGUUUGAUUUUCUCGAUUUGUACAAUAUAUGCAUAUUCUUUUUCCCUUUUGUCACCUGCCCACCCCCCAGUGUUUUGUUUUCUAAUGUUCUGUAGUUUUGUACGAGAUGAGACUUAGCCUUGGGUACUUCUUGCUGAAGCUUUAAUGCUUUGUAAAUAAAACCUGAUGUUUAUUAAAGAA